GGAAACCUUGCAGCUUUUUGUAUUUCUUCUCAAAAAAUGGUCAAAUAAUGAUGACGUACGUACACAUCCUGUCCAUGGAGUUCCGGUUGGUGUGAGUCGGUUGCUUUGCAUACCCUUCCAGCGCCCACCAAUAGGAUUUACAGCUGGUAGAGGCACUUUUUUUUUUUACUUUACCGAGUUUGUCGGUUAUGCUCCUAGCCUAGGUGUUUCUGAGUAUGGCACUGUACUGUCUGUAAAAUGGUCGCUGGCCUGUUUCCGAGUUCAAGUUGGUGAGAUGUGGCAUCCUGAAAGGGAAGAGGAGGACAUCCGGAAAUUCUUUGGAGUUAUACCAAGUGGGAAGAAACAAGUAAAUGAGUCGGGAAAGAAGAAUGAGAAAACCAAGUCCACUGAAGAAUCAUUGAAAACAAAGAAAGGAAAAAGGGAAAUCAAGGUAAAUAGCUCUUACAAGGACGAUGACUCCAAACAAAAGCACUCAAACAAGAAAAAGAGGAUCAUCUAUGAUUCAGAUUCAGAAUCAGAGGAGACAGUUCAGAUAAAAAAUGCCAAAAAGCAAUCAGAGAAAUUGCCGUUGUCUCCUAAACCUGGUAAAACUUUACGGCAGGAUCCUGUCACCUACAUUUCAGAAACAGAUGAGGAUGAUGACUUUGUGUGUAAGAAGGCAGGCUCCAAGUCUAAAGAGAAUGGAAGAGCUACACACAGUUACCUUGGGUCAUCCAACCUGAAAAAGAAUGAAGAGAACAUCAAGACCAAAAACAAGCCUCUGUCGCCCAUCAAGCUGACUCCCACAUCAGUGCUUGAUUAUUUUGGGACUGGAAGUGUCCAGAGAUCUGAUAAGAAGAUGGUGGCGAGCAAAAAAAAAGAACCUUCACAAAACACAGACGAUUCCAGAUUAAAUGAUGAAGCCAUUGCCAGGCAAUUGCAACUUGAUGAAGAUGCUGAGCUGGAGAGGCAAUUGCAUGAAGAUGAAGAAUUUGCCAGAACGUUAGCCAUGUUGGAUGAAGAACCCAGAGUCAAAAAGGUUCAAAAGGACACAGACGAGGGAGAAAUGUUUUCAUCUGUUCAGACCAAUUUAAGUAAAGCAGAAAAACAUAACCAACCUCAUAAAGAACAACUUUCAGAUGGGAGAAACAGCUGCAGUCCUAAGAAGCAGACAAAGUGCAGUGGUCCAGAGGAAGCCCUGCGGCCUCCCAAGCCCGCAGCCCUCCGAGCAGAGGCGUCCUCUUCUCCGAAGGCCAGUGCUAAGCUAUCCGCGAUGAAAAUGAGAGAGCAGAGUUGCAGUAAGGAAACACAGCCUCUGGCCUCAAAAAGAAAAGAGAACACUGUGGAAGUGAAAAGAGAGACAAACACUCCUAAGAAAGCCAAAAGUUCUCCAGCUAAGAAAGAGUCUUUAAGUCCUGAAGAUUCCGAAAAGAAACGCACUAACUAUCAAGCUUAUCGAAGCUACUUAAAUCGGGAAGGUCCCAAAGCCCUGGGCUCCAAGGAGAUCCCCAAGGGAGCUGACAAUUGCUUGGAAGGGCUUACGUUUGUAAUCACAGGAGUGCUGGAGUCCAUUGAACGGGACGAGGCCAAAUCUCUGAUUGAACGUUACGGAGGGAAAGUGACCGGAAAUGUCAGCAAGAAAACCAACUACCUCGUCAUGGGUCGUGACAGCGGACAGUCAAAGAGCGACAAGGCAGCAGCCUUAGGGACAAAAAUUAUUGAUGAAGAUGGCCUAUUGGAUCUGAUUCGAACUAUGCCAGGCAAGAAGUCCAAGUAUGAAAUAGCAGUUGAAGCUGAGAUGAAGAGAGAAAAGUCCAAAUUGGAGAGAACACCUCGAAAAAAUAGCCAAGGGAAAAGAAAAAGCAGUCCAACUCGGAAGGAGUCAGAAUCCAAGAAGAGCAGACUGACUCCCCAGAAGGGCAGCUCUGUGGAAUCACCCAACAAGGAAGCAGAGGAACCAAGUGUGCUGCACAGAAGCCUGGACUUCCAGGAGCAGGUGACUGAGGAGCUCCCUGAGCACAGCAGCCCCGGGAAUGUGGCCGACGGCAGCCGGGAAAGUAAACUGGAUCAUUUGCUCUGGGUCGAUAAGUAUAAGCCAACCUCACUCAGGACCAUAAUUGGGCAGCAAGGUGACCAGAGCUGUGCCAACAAACUCCUCCGCUGGCUCCGAAACUGGCACAAGAGUUCUCCUGAAGAGAAAAAAAAUGCAGCUAAGUUUGGUAAAUUUGCUGGUAAAGAUGAUGGCUCCAGUUUUAAAGCAGCAUUGCUCUCAGGCCCCCCUGGUGUUGGCAAAACCACCACAGCUUCUCUGGUGUGUCAGGAAUUGGGAUAUAGCUACGUGGAGCUAAAUGCAAGUGACACUCGAAGUAAGAACAGUCUGAAGGCGAUUGUUGCCGAGUCCCUGAACAACACUAGCAUCAAGGGCUUUUAUUCCAGUGGUGCAUCCCCUUCCGGAAGCACAAAACAUGCUCUCAUCAUGGACGAAGUGGACGGCAUGGCCGGCAACGAGGACCGGGGCGGAAUUCAGGAACUAAUUGGCUUGAUAAAGCACACGAAAAUUCCCAUCAUUUGUAUGUGCAACGAUAGAAAUCACCCCAAGAUCCGCUCUCUGGUUCAUUAUUGUUUUGAUCUUCGUUUUCAAAGACCUCGAGUUGAACAAAUUAAGGGUGCUAUGAUGUCUAUUGCAUUUAAAGAAGGCUUAAAGAUCCCCCCUCCGGCUAUGAAUGAAAUAAUUUUAGGAGCCAAUCAGGAUAUCAGACAGGUUUUGCACAAUCUGAGUAUGUGGUGUGCACGAAGUAAGGCCCUCACCUACGACCAGGCCAAGGCUGAUUCUCAUAGGGCCAAAAAAGAUAUUAAACUGGGCCCGUUUGAUGUUGCCCGGAAAGUGUUUGCAGCUGGAGAGGAGACCGCACACAUGUCACUAGCGGACAAAUCCGAUCUCUUUUUCCAUGAUUAUUCCAUCGCCCCCCUCUUUGUCCAGGAGAAUUAUGUACAUGUGAAGCCUGUAGCUGCAGGGGGAGACAUGAAAAAGCACUUGAUGCUCUUAAGCCGAGCAGCUGAUAGCAUAUGUGACGGGGACUUGGUGGACAGUCAGAUCCGGAGCAAACAGAACUGGAGCCUUCUGCCCACACAGGCUAUUUAUGCCAGUGUUCUUCCUGGAGAAUUGAUGAGAGGGUACAUGACUCAGUUUCCCACCUUUCCAAGCUGGCUGGGCAAAUAUUCAUCUACAGGCAAGCAUGACCGCAUCGUUCAGGACCUGGCCCUGCACAUGAGUCUCAGAACUUAUUCCAGCAAGAGGACUGUAAACAUGGAUUACCUGUCACACCUACGGGAUGCACUUGUACAGCCCUUGAUCUCACAAGGGGUAGAAGGUGUCCAGGAUGUUGUUGCACUUAUGGACGCGUAUUACUUGAUGAAGGAAGACUUUGAGAGCAUCAUGGAAAUCAGCAGCUGGGGUGGCAAACCCAGUUCCUUUUCCAAGUUGGAUCCCAAGGUGAAAGCUGCCUUCACGAGAGCGUACAAUAAGGAGGCCCACCUUACUCCAUACUCCCUUCAGGCCGUCAGGGCGUCGCGCCACAGCCUGGGAGCCUCCUUGGAUUCCGAGUACAGCGAGGACGUGCCUGAAGAGGACUCCCAGUCCGACGAGAAGGACCAAGAUGCCAUAGAAACGGACGCAAUGAUCAAGCAGAAAAAGACAAAAUCUGCAAAGUCUUCAAAACCAGAAAAAGAUAAGGAAUCCAGAAAAGGAAAAGGAAAAAAUUCAAAGAAAUGAAACUUUUUUUUAUAACUACUCAACAGCCACUUUUUUAUUCACCCUUCUGACCAGUCUUGCUGGGCUGGAGAAAGCGUUUAUUUUCAGAAAAAGGCUUUUCUUUUCCAAAGGAACCACGUUUUAGCAUAAUGGGAUGACCUGGUGGUCCCAUUAUAGAGGGCGGUACAGCUAGGGUGUAUCCAGCAGACUCACAUACACCUCUCAUAGAGGUCUCUAGGACUGCCUGUCCUCCACUCUCCCCGUCAAUCAUACGGCUGCGCAUUCAUUAGAACUAGAAGCUGCGUGUGGACUUUGAGGUCAGAUUUUAGUUAACAAUAGUAAGCUUGGAAGCAGUGCUUACCAAAGCAUAUUUUGUAGACUGAAGAAUUUAUCCUAAUGGCCUUUAUAGGACCAAUGCUGAUUUUUUAAAAAAGAGAAAUAUAAUUCUUAUUAUGUGGGGGAAAUUUUGUAAAUAAAUCAUCAUCGUACAAAACAGUCACCACCCAGAACUGGGGUAUUCUUUGUACAUUGCCAAGUAUCUUACAAAGUGUAAGUUAGGAAUAAAAUUGUUCCAUAUGACCCAUGUACAAAUUCUGAAGAUUGUCAUUUUGUACAGCAAAGUAUCACAUUGGUAUAUUACUUGUUAAUUUGCAAAUGAUUGGAUAAGCAAGCUUACCAUGGUUCUUCCCAACCAGCUGUGUGAAACAUAAGUUGGCUUAAAGUCAGAGCCCCGGACUUCCCGUGUGGGUGCUGCCCGUCCCCGGGCAGGGUGAGGCCUUCCCGGAGAGGCUCUCGGCUGUUCCUGGAGGGAGGAGCGGCUGCAGGAAGAUGGGGUUCAAGGUGAGUCAGAAUCUCGGGCUCUCUCUGCCAGGAGACGGAACGAACACUGGCUUUGGACACAUCUGUCCCCAGGAGCUCCAUUUCUGUUCUGUGAUUCCACAAGCCAUCAGAAGCUUGGAGUGUCCCUGUGACAGAUUGUGGAGUGGCCUUGAGGCUGUGGCCUGGAAGCCGGCAGUCAAGCUGUUUCUGCAUCCUGUGAAUGCUCAGAGAUGUGUCACCUCUGGGCCACAAGAACCAUAAAAUAAGGGUAGUUGGCCCUGCCUUUUAACAAACUGGUAGGCUUGUUUGCGAGAUGAGACCAUAAGUUCUUGAGACAUUUUAGUGUAUAAAAACGUCUUUUAUGGAGAUUAAUUCAUUAUUGAAAUAAAAUCACCAUAAGCUUUU